AUGAUCUAUUAUGGCUGGCAUAAGAGUAGUUUUUGUUGUGUUACUUUUUGUAAUGAUAGCUUACAUGUGCGUUACUGUAGGUGCAAAAAAAUCAAGCAUGGACAACAGUUUUCUGGAAGAUGAAUUGUUCCCCAUCUACGAGUGUGACGAACGAAGCCGAGAUUGGACUAUACGUUGCCUAGUACCUUUGACUAAUGCACAAAUGUCAGUGGACCUAUGCAAGACUGGUGAGAGACCCGAUCAACAUUUUCUGAAACGUUGUGCGAAGGAGCUACAAAUCUUGGGACAGUCAUGUCCACAGCCGGUCUCAGUGUCAGAUAUGGCUAAAAAUAUGCAAGUUCAUAAACCACCACCCAUGCC